AUGGUUAUAAUGGAAGAAGCUAAAUCUUGGAGAGUACUUGUUGUGCCCUCAGCUGACAAUAGCUUAGAGGCUGCUGAAGUAGUCCGACGCACCUUUGAGCAGAUCCGACUUGUGCGCGAUCUUGACAUAUCAAGUACAGUCCAGAGGGGCGUCCGUAAGGAAGGGCAGGCUGGGGACUUGAGGGAAGAGGAAACAGAAGUUGUUGAUAGUACCACAAGGCCUGUACAUGCCCUUCUGGUCCUCAAGUCAAAGAACCCUUUCAACCAAUCCGAUCAGUCUCGUGACCAAGAUGCAGAGCAUUCAAGAGAAAUCUCAAGGCAGCCUAAUAGUGUCACUAUUGACUCAGCAGAUCCAGUUUCAUGGUUUGAGGGCGUCACCCAGCUUCUUGACGAGAUUCUCUGUCUCAAAGAUGAAGCAGAGGCACUGAGAAGUGCUCUACAACGGACCACAGAUCCGAUAGAGUUCAUCGGCUCCGAUUUGAAGCCAAUCUCACAAGGCGGUCAAACCCCAACUGACAUCUUUUGUGACGAAGUCCUCAGGCAGUACUCAAGGUUCUUGGAAGCAGCCAAUUCUGCGAAACGCGCAAGCAUCAGCGAUGACACGACACUUGCAAAGCCAUUGAGCGGACGUCGUCCUUUGUCUCUGGUGGAAAAGAUUUUGGCUCACCAUGCUGUAGGGCUAGAAAAGCCCGAAGUGCGUCCAGGGGACAUGAUUUGCGUUUCAGUAGAUUGGACUUUAACGUCUGAGCUGCUCUGGGCUGGGAUGGACAAAACUUAUACCGCGAUGAAUCGACCCCGGCUUCACCGCAACGACCGAGUUUGGCUCGCUGUUGAUCACACGGUUGAUCCGCGCACGAAUCAUCAAUCCAGGCAAAGGGAACUAAUUGAAAAAGCAGAGCGAUUCCGCGACGAGGCUAAGCUUGUCGAUUUCCUCCCAGCAAAUACCAGUAUCAUGCAUACGGAUUUCACCAGAGAUCGAGCCCAACCAGGAUACUUGGUGAUUGGUAGCGACUCGCAUACUUGCUCUGCUGGAAGUAUGGGAGCAUUCGCAGUGGGAUUUGGGGCUGCUGACGUGGUGAUGCCCCUAGUAACUGGAGAGACAUGGUUUCGAGUUCCAGAAGUAUGCCGCAUCAACUUUGUCGGCAAGCUGCCUUACGGUAUCUCUGGCAAGGAUGUUAUUCUCCAUAUUAUUGGCCAUUUCAAACGCAACACCAUUGCGUUUCAGCGUGCUGUUGAAUAUGGUGGUCCCGGUCUAAGUGAAUUGAGCAUGGACGCACGCUUUGCGAUUGCCAAUAUGACUACCGAAUUCGGUGGCAUGGGAGCUUGCUUCGAAAGUGAUCAACGAACAGCUACCUGGCUGGCUGGCAGAAGGCUCUCUCGCGACAAGAACAGGGCACUUUACUUCAAGCCCGAUUCAGAAGCACAGUAUGCUGACGUUCGAACUAUUGAUCUUUCGAAAGUGCGAGUGACGAUGGCCGUAUACCCUGACCCGGAUAAUGUGGUUGAAAUCCACGAGAAACAGGGCAUGAAGCUUGAUGGCUGCUUUAUUGGAGCCUGUACCACCACUGAGGAGGAACUCGUGCUGGCUGGCAUGGUUCUGGAAGUUGGCCUGGCAAGCGGCUUGAAACCAAUCAAACAAGGCAAACGCAGAGUAACCCCUGGGAGCUUGAUCAUCACGCGAAAGCUCGAGCAGCUGGGUUUGUUGGAAGUAUAUCGACAGGCUGGCUUUGAAAUCGGAGCGCCAGGCUGUUCAUACUGCGUAGGGAUCAACGACGUUGAUGUCGCCCAAUCUGGUGAAAUAUGGUUGUCCUCUCAGAAUCGAAACUUCCGGAAUAGAAUGGGUCCUGGAAGCAUCGGCAAUGUUACCAGUGCUGCUGCUGUUGCUGCUUCGAGCUUUGGUAUGGAGGUAAAGGACCCGAGACCUCUGCUAGCCAGAAUAGAUCCGACAAAAUACGAAAGACUUUUGGGCCAGGCUCCAGUAGCGGCAGAAUUGUCUCCAGCUUUUCAAGAGCCUGUUAUCCGAUGCCAGACAAAAUCAAUGUCUGAUUUCACCCAAGAGACACCAAAGGGUGUUGGUCUCCAUGGUGGGACAGGUGUCAUCACAGCUAGAAUCCAGAGAUUCGGAGAUAAUGUCGACACUGACGCUAUCAUUCCCGCCCAGUUCAUGCCAGGCAUUGACGACGCAGAUCUUGGAAGUCAUUGCUUUGAGCAUGUUCGACCCGAGUUUCGCCAGAGGGCAGCAAAUGGAGCCACUAUCAUUGUGGCCGAGCAUGGCUUUGGUAGUGGUUCUUCGCGUGAGGAUGCUGUUCGAGCACUAAAAGGUGCAGGAGUGAAAAUGAUAGUUGCGAAAAGCUUUGCAUUCAUAUAUGAAAGAAAUCAACUCAAUAUGGGAGUAUUCAAUGCUCGGAUCUCCGAAGAUGACUUCUAUCAGAAUGCAGUGGAGGGAGCCGAGUUGAGUGUCGAUAAAACAGCCAAGACUUUGAGGGUGAAAGGCGUCGAUAAGUAUUGGAAAUAUGAGCACUCGCCCAUAGAGACGCAACUUCUCGAGGCUGGUGGGGUGCUCUCAUUAUACCACUUGUACGGGAACUCACUGUUCCGUGAGAUGACUCGUCCACGCCAGGGGCGUGAAUCUUACAACCCGAGAAUCCAGGAUUUCACCUCGGCGACAUUGACACAGAAGCAACAGACAGCUCUAGCGUGGUAG